GGUCGGGUUGGGGACAUCGCAGCCGUGUCUCGAAGAGGUGAGAUGAAUCGGGGCGAAAGCCGCAAAAGACGGAGGUCCGGCACCCCUGACGGAGAGGACGGGGACAGAAGGACCCCAGAGAGGGGAGUUUUGCCAUCUAGAAAAUCGAAUUGUCUGGAAUGGGAGGUGGACGAUGUCUGCGGCUUCCUGCGGAUGCAAGGCUUGGAAAAGUUCGAGGAGUUGUUCAGAGGUGAAAAGCUGUCCGGCGCUACCCUGCCCUAUCUGACCAAGGACGAGUUGAAAAAUUUGGGUGUGAGCCUGCUGGGAGAUCAAAUAGAUCUUAUCAACUGCAUCAAUGCCCUCCUUCAGAGCCCAGUUGACGCAAAGGUGUUCAACGACCCAAUCCACGGCCACAUUGAGAUGCACCCACUGCUUGUCCACAUCAUAGACACGCCGCAGUUCCAGCGUCUCCGCUUCAUUAAGCAGCUCGGGGCGACGUACUUUGUGUAUCCUGGGGCCUCCCACAACAGAUUCGAGCACUCCAUUGGUGUGGCACAUCUGGCAGGAGAACUGGUGAAAGCCCUGGCUGGGCGCCAACGGGAACUUCAGAUUAACCAUCGGGAUAUCCUGUGUGUUCAGAUCGCUGGGCUCUGCCACGAUCUAGGUCAUGGACCAUAUUCGCACAUGUUUGAUGGAAAAUUUAUCCCCCGGAUGCGGAAUGGCUUGAACUGGAAGCACGAGGAUGCUUCCGUAAAGAUGUUGGAUCACUUGAUCUCCUCCAAUAAAUUGGAAAGGGUGCUACAGAGCUAUGGCCUGGUGUUGCCAGAAGACUUGGUGUUUAUAAAGGAAAUGAUCCAAGGUGUGGGUGAUAAUUGUAAGGCCCCAGAGUGGCCGUACAAAGGUCGUCCUCAGGAGAAAGGCUUUUUGUAUGAAAUCGUUGCCAAUAAGAAAACUGGGAUUGAUGUGGAUAAGUGGGAUUACUUUGCCAGGGACUGUCACCAUCUUGGAAUCCGAAACAACUUUGACUUUCAACGCUUCCUCAAGUUUGCUCGAGUUUACGAUGUCAAAAAAAAGAAGGUCAUUUGCACUCGAGAUAAGGAAGUUGCCGACCUGUACAACAUGUUUCAUACCCGCAACACCUUGCAUCGCAGGGCCUAUCAGCAUAGAGUGGUCAACAUCAUUGAGAGCAUGAUCACGGAAGCAAUGGUGUUGGCAGAUCCACACAUCCUGAUCAGCGGCUCAGGUGGGAAGCAGUUUAAAAUGUCAACAGCCAUUGAUGACAUGGAGGCUUACACCAAACUCACAGACAGUAUCUUUGAACAGAUCCUGAAUUCCUCUGAUGCUGAACUGCAAGAGGCGCGGGAAAUCCUGAGCAAUGUCGUAUGCCGCAAACUGUACAAGUGGAUUGGGCAGACUCAGCCUGCAGCAGAUACAACAAUUGAAAAGGACAAGUUUGACCAGCUGGCUGAUCAACUGGUUGCAGCUACUCCAUCAACACUCGUGGAAGUUACACUCCGGGCAGAAGAUAUCAUUGUAAAUGUUGUUCAAAUGGACUAUGGAAUGAAAGGGAAAAACCCUGUUGAUAAGGUCCGAUUUUACUGCAAGAAUAACCCGAAUGAGACAGUUAAAAUCAACAAAAAGCAGGUAUCUCAUUUGCUGCCGGAGAGGUUUACAGAGCAGCUGAUCCAAGUGUACUGUAAGAGGCCCGACAAGGCGAUUGUGGAGGCUGCGCGGAAACACUUUAUCCAAUGGUGUAUAAACAGGAACUUCGCCAAGCCCAGGGAUGGUGAUAUUAUUGCCCCCGAGCUGACACCAUUGAAGGCUGAUUGGAACAAGAGUGACAGUGACAGCGAUGACUCUCAGUCAAGUAACGAUGUUCAUUCGGACAUCAAUAAAGCCAAGAUGCAGCUCUUUAAGUAGGAAGAUAGGGAACUUCCAGUGAACCCUGAAAUCAUUUCAGCUCCAGUCCUCAUCGUCUCAUUGGUUCUUUACCAACUGACAAUUUUCAGAGCCCAGGCUUGAAUGGGAAAAAGAAAUCCAAGUCUAAAUGGCUUCAGAGCAAGUCAGUUGAAAAGAAUUGAUCCUUUUAUCAAUGCAAUAUGUUACUGCGUCACUACUUCCUAACCUCAAACCGUAAACCGUGUAGUUUGUGCGUAAGAGAGCUUCGAUGUGAAUGUUGCAGAAUGUGGAGUGUGUUCGUAUCAGUGGAUGAAGCUUUUAUCCAAUUUGGAUUGUAAUGCCUUAGGAUAACUCCAGCUGAAUGAGAGCGGGACUUGCUGCGGCACAGAUGGGGUGUUAGCCAUUGACUGCUUUUACAAUCAGAAUCAGCUUUAUCGUCACUGACUUAGGCCAUGAAAGUGUUGUUUUGUGGCAGCAGUGCAGUGCAAUACAGAAAAAAUACUAUAAAUUACAAUAAGCAUUACAGUAUAUAUAAAGAUAUGUAGUGCAGAAAGAGAGCGAAAAUAGUGAGGUAGUGUUCACCAUUUCAGAGGGGGAGAAGCUGUUCCUAAAACAUUGAGAGUGUGUCACAACGGAUCAUGUGAUUCCUGCUUUCAGGAAUAAUGCCUUUUCAAGCUUGGAAGGAAGAAAAGCCACUCUUUUCGUUACUCAAGGUGUUUGCACCUUGUGUAUUGUAUCUCCCACUUCCAGCCCACACAGGUUUUAAGACUAUCAAUGUAAACUUAAAAUACUAUUUGAUUCAAAUGUUGAAGAUCAGAUGUGCAGCGGCACGGCAGCGUCGCAGUUAGCGCAAAGCUUUGCAGCGCUGAUGGCCCGGGUUCAAUUCCCACUGCUGCCUGUAAGGAGUUUGUACGUUCUCCCCGUGACCGCAUGGGUUUCCUCUGGGUGCUCCCCUCUCACAGCCCAAAGAUGUACCAGUUGGCAGGUUAACUGGUCAUUGUAAAUUGCCGCAUGAUUAGGGUAGGAUUAAAUCAGGAUUACUGCGUGGUGUGGCGUGGCUUGAAGGGCCUAUUCUGCACUUGAUAAAUUUUAAAAAAUAAUAUUUACAUUGCACUGUAGACACACAGAGAGGCUGACUGCGAUUGGAUUUUCCCCAGUACUAUUGACUUGCUGCUGCAGAAUAUUUGAAGGUUGCUGUGGGAAUUCAGUGGUGACAGUGUGGCCUGUAAUGUGUGUCCCCGUCCUAGCAAUCGAUGCCUCUGCUCUGUGAUGGCUCUUGCUUCGGUCCUAUUUUGUGAGCUGUUUACCCUUUUAAAUAUGGCACUAUGUCAGGGCUGUUGCUAAUUAAACUUUGUCCAAAUAAUCAUUUUUAGGGAAUUGAGGGGGCAUUUUGCUUUUCCACUUUUUAAUAAUGAUUGGUGGAAUCUCCUGCUUUUUAACGUACUCAGGGUGUUUUUAACUUGAGAAAAGGCAGCUGGAUUUGCACUAUAGAAAUCAGUGCACUAAACACAUAUUUUAUGCAAAUUCCUUGUCCAUAUGUGUGGGGUUAAAAGUUACGAUUUUAAAAUCGUAGCUUUUAUAAACUUUAAACCUGUUAAAAUUCAAGCCAAGCUUAGUUUCUCUUCCCACUUUGUUGGCCGUGUACUGUUCAGUCAUUGCAGCGUGAGAAUGGACCAGUGUUUCCAGGUUUCAUUGUAGAACAGUAUGGAUUUCUGACCAAUAAUGGAGAGUUUUUAUGCAAUGUUUUAUAUGAGGGAUAUAAGCAUCAUGAUGUGGUAUCAUUUGUAGACUCAAAUAGGAACACUGUAGAUGAGUAUUCAGAUCGUCCCAAGUACUGUCAAACCCCACCCAACCUGCUUCAUUCCCAGCUUUGAAAUAGCUCAUCCUUGCAGAAAUGGAAACUAGUCAACAUUGGAAGCCAGAUUUUCAAAGAUUGCACAGUUAUUACUCAAUCUGGGUGGUUAGUGUCCAAGGGGGUAAGUGAGAAGAUUACAGGUAAGGUCCAUUCUUGGUACUGAAUAGUGUUUUUGUGCAGAGUAAACUGGUGGAUGCAGACACUGGUUACUUAUUGCAAGUAACUUUAGCCAUCUGUACCCACUGUCUUCCCACCAGCUUACUUUAGUGUAAAUAUAGCAUUGUAUGAAUGUAAUGAUGAGAAGUAUACAAGUAGUACAUUUGACAAAAGGGUUUAGUAAAUCCACAGUCAAGAGAAGACAGACAUUUUGAGCUUUUGUGUAAAUUCAUGGAGUUGGGGAAAUGGAAGGACAGAACUAAUUCUGUGAUUGACUUGUCCCCACUGAUAAUUCCUGAUGGGUGUUAGCGAUGGACAACUGUUCCCCAGAUUAGCAUGGAAGUUCAUUUAGAUGCUUUGACAAAGCAUGUGGGAGAAAGGAGAAUGUGCAGAUUGGCCAACACAAGAAUGGUGUGGGUGGUCUGAAUGAUAACAGGUCAGGUUUGUAGACAAUGCAAGUACACUGUGGUGUACAAUCGAUCACUGAGGAGCUGGUAAUGUCUCUGUUUAUGCUAUCCAUAGCCCUGUUGACAUUGAGUGGGGAGCUGAGGUUCUUUUCUCUGUCUCUCCCACUCCAAAUGGUCUCAGGCAAAUUUAACUCUACUUUAUAAAUGUGAGUUGUUUACUGGAGCUCAGGUGUUAUCCAGGUGAAGCCGGCCUGUGCCCGAGGGUGGGGGGGAGAGAGAGUUGCAUAAUGGAUUCUGCCAUUCUGUUUGCACAAUUUAUUGCGGGAAGUGGGAGGGUAUUAUCUCUGGGGGGGCACAGGCUGCAACACUGUGCAAUAAAUUGCCUUAUUGGGGUAUUUCAGGGUAGUCUGAAUGUACAAGUUUUCUGUGAUUGGACAACUGAAUGUCAUUAAACUCCUUUUCCUUAUAUUUUUUCUUCAAUUCAAGAUUCACUUUCUUGCAGGCAUUCACAGUAAAGAUAAAGAAACACAUAGAAAUCAAUGAAAAUCUGCAUACAACAAAGCCUGACAAGCAACCAGUGCGAAAAAGGCAACAAGUACUGCAACUCCAAAAAAACGAAACAAAACAGUAAUAGUAAAUAUCGAGAGCACGAGUAAGAGUCUUUGAAAAGGGAGUCCAUAGGUUUUGGAAUCAGUUCAGUGUUAGGGUGAGUGAAGUUAUCCAACACUGAACUGAAUCCACAAUCUAUGGACUCACCUUCAGGGAGUCUUUGCUGGAUAAUGAACCUCAUGAGAAUGGCAUAUAAGUACUUUGAUAAUAAACUUACUUUGACUUUGAAUUUACUUUGGAUAGUGGGAAAUGUUUUUGUGACUUUUGACUUUGGAUCACACAGCUUCAGUGGGUUUGUUUAAGAUGUCUCUCCUGAAGUAAAGUUAUAUAAUCAUUUACCAUUUAUUUGUGUGUUCUUUGUCAACAGUGCAAUAUUUAAUGUUUUUUCUAUUUCUUGAAUUUUAUGGAAUACAGUUAAUCAAUAUCAAUAAAGUUGGGUUUAAUCUGAUCAAUAUCUUAUUGUGUGUAACUUUGUUGGUAUAGUUCUUGUGUUGUAGCAAUGACGACAGAGUCAUUUAACACAGUCAAGUCAGAUGAAGUAAAUUGCUACUAAAGACGGUGAAGAGGACUGUUUCACCCUCUGAGGUUCCUGGAUCUCUGGAACAUUUUACCUGGAGACCUGUGGAAUUGGCCAUUCAAUAGAUUCAAGGCUCAGAUAGAUUUUGGCCUUAGUGUGGAAAGUGAAGGAGCUGAGACCAAAAUCGGAUCAAUCAUGAGGUUUGAGGGUCCAAAUGCCCUUCUCCUGUUCUAAUUACUACUGAUCACAGGAGUACAAUCCAACAAGGAACUGUCAUCAUUCAAGGAAACACUCAUGUUUUGAACGGCUUGUCAAGCCUCAUAUCACAGCCAGCCUCCCCCAUCGUUGGAUCCUCUACAGUUUGCUUAUGGUCCAAUUUGCUCUACGGAGGAUGCAAUAUCCACCACACUGCACAUAGUUCUCUCUCACUUGGACAACAAAUACACUUAUGCCAGAAUCCUGUACAUUGAUUUCAGUUCAGCGUUCAAUACCAUCAUCCCGCAGAGACUAGUGGAGAAACUGUCGCUGCUUGACCUUAACACUGCCAUGUGUUGCUGGAUUCUGGAUUUCUUGACAGAGAGACCACAGUCAGUCCGUGUUGGCAGGAACAUCUCUGACUCCAUCACACUGAGCACUGGAUCCCCACAAGGCUGUGUGCUUAGUCCAUUGCUGUUUACACUGCUAACACAUGACUGUGCAGCCAGAUUCAAGGAGAAUCUGAUCAUUAAAUUUGCGGAUAAUACCACAGUGGUGGGGCUCAUCAGCAAAAGUGAUGAAACAAUGUAGAGGGAGGAGGUCAAACACCUAGAGAGCUGGUGCAGUGAUAACAACUUGAUGCUUAAUGUCACCAAAACCAAGGAGAUGAUCGUCGAUUUCAGACGGUCUCAGCCUGAGCACACACCCCUCAGCAUCAGCGGCUCCACAGUGGAGAGAGUGAAAAACAUCAAGUUCCUUGGGGUGCAGAUCUCGGACAAUCUCACCUGGUCCAGGAACACCACUGGGAUUGUGAAACGGGCCCAGCAGAGAUUGCACUUUCUGAGGAAACUUAAACAAGCAUCACUCCUCACUAACAUCUUAACUACAUUCUACAGAGGCAUGGUUGAGAGUGUGCUGACCUUUUGCAUCACAACCUGGUACUCCAGCUGCAGUGCUGUUGACAAAAACGUCUUGCAGAGGGUGGUUAGGGGAGCAGAGAAGGUUAUUGGGGUCUCCCUACCUUCUGUCCAAGACCUCUUUCAGAGUCGAUGCCUCCAGAAGACACGGUACAUCAUUAUAGACCCCUCACACCCUCUCCAUGAACUGUUUGUUCUUCUGCCAUCAGGCAAACGUUACAGGAGCAUCAAAACUAAAACCACAAGGCUACUAAACAGCUUCCUCCCACAGGCAGUCAGACUGCUAAAUAGCUGCUCUACCUGACUCUGCUUUUGGACACUUUUAACUUGCACUGGACGCUUAUAACUUGAUUUUAACUGACAUGUGGCUGUUGUGUUUUACUAUUUAUUGUUAUGUUUAUUAUUUAGUGUUGCAUUUGUUAUGUUAUGAUUGCACGGCUCCUGGGAAAUGCUGUCUCAUUCUGCCC